CAGCCAUUGAAACCCUAGCAAUAGUUUAGUGCUCCGCCUCUGAAUCCGUCGAGGAACCCUCUCCUGCAGCUGGCCCCUCUCUCUUCUUCGUCUUCUUCUUCUUCUUCUUUGUCCUUCUUUCUGCUGCUGCUGCUGCUCCUCCACUACUUGGUUGUCAUGGCGGUGGUCGCUCAGCCCGAGGUGAAGCUCUUCAAUAGAUGGUCCUUCGAGGAAGUGGAGGUUGGUGAUAUUUCAUUGGCAGAUUACAUUGCUGUCACACCAGGCAAGCAUGCAACCUUUGUUCCUCACACAGCUGGUCGGUACUCUGUCAAGAGGUUCCGUAAGGCUCAAUGUCCUAUUGUUGAGCGAUUGACAAACUCUCUGAUGAUGCAUGGCCGUAACAAUGGCAAGAAGUUGAAGGCUGUCCUCAUUGUCAAGCAUGCCAUGGAAAUCAUUCACUUGCUGACAGACCAGAACCCAAUUCAAGUGAUUGUUGAUGCUGUUAUCAACAGUGGGCCGAGGGAAGAUGCUACAAGGAUCGGUUCUGCUGGUGUUGUUAGAAGGCAAGCAGUUGAUAUUUCUCCAUUGAGGCGUGUCAACCAGGCAAUAUACCUUCUGACAACUGGUGCUCGUGAAAGUGCCUUCAGAAACAUCAAGACGGUGGCUGAGUGUUUAGCUGAUGAGCUUAUUAAUGCUGCCAAGGGGUCAUCUAACAGCUAUGCCAUAAAAAAGAAGGAUGAGAUCGAGCGUGUCGCCAAGGCAAACCGUUGAAGAAUGGAGCAUUUUUCUGUUACCAUCGCUGAGUUUUGGCAAGAACAAGCAGCAUUUCCAAAUCCAGUUUCCAUGUUAAGACCAUUUUUUUUCUUUAUAGGUUAAUAUAUAAAGCGUAAAAGGGCUGGGUGGUGAUCUUUUGUCUAGGAAAAGGACAUGGCUGCAGGCAUUUGCGGAUUGUUCAAUUAAGUUGUUGAGGUUGGUCUUCGUAAUUGAAUCUCAUGUUUGGUUUUUCCAGCUUCUACGAACUUGAUAGGGUAGUAGAUAAUAGAUAAGAAUUGGCUUAUUGUGUUUUAUGGUUAUUUAUAUUAAUUUAUACUUGAAGUGGUUCAUUACAAAA